AAAUAGGCUAGCCCUCCUUGAAAGCUGGACAGUGGUGGCCGUGCUUAGCGCGGCGGCUUAGAAAGUAUGACACAACAGUCCAGCGAAGCAGUUUCUGGCAGUCUGUUACGGUGCCGAAAGUCCCAGAUACUUUUAUUGUUCACUGUAUUAAGCUUUCUACUCAGCAAUCCAUGUACAGUUACGGGUGAACCUGUGCGUGUCAAACGACAAAACGAUGAUCCUUUAUCCGAAGAUGUUUCAGUAGGCGGAGCUGAUGAGGAGAACGAAGCAGCGACACCUGUACCAAGUGUGAAAGGACCAGGACCCUUUCUUCAGCCACCAGUCGUGACAGGUCCUCGUGGUCCCGCCGGUGAACCGGGGCUGCCAGGUCCUCCUGGUCCGCCCGGACCUCCAGGGAAGAUUGGAGAACCUGGCCCACCCGGUCCAGCAGCCAGUGAUGGAGUCCGUGGGCCUCCAGGGCCACCAGGUGAUCCUGGACUUGACGGCAAGCCUGGUCAGGAUGGAGACCCUGGCCUUCCGGGAAAUCAAGGGCCACGUGGACCGCUGGGACCAAUCGGGAUGAUCGGUGCAAACGGGAUGCAAGGACCAAUGGGACCACCUGGUCCCAAAGGAAGCAAAGGAGCUUCAGGAGCUUCGGGAGCAGUGGGUGAGCGUGGAGAAACUGGCAUACCUGGACCGAUGGGUCAACCUGGUGUGAAAGGUCCUCUCGGACUACCUGGGCCUCAAGGCCCGGUCGGUCCAACUGGUUUUCAAGGUUCUGAUGGCUUGAUUGGACCAAUGGGACCCUUUGGUCCUCAGGGUCCUCCUGGAUCAACUGGAAUGAUGGGUCCGGUUGGGUUGAAGGGCGACGAUGGUCCGUCCGGUGCCGCAGGAGCUGCCGGUGACCCCGGAGAACCCGGACCAGAUGGGAAAGCAGGUCCCCCUGGAGAACGAGGGGCCCCGCCGGUAUACGGUGUAUUCGCGUUGGCUAAGGGUGAUCGUUCGUUGAAGAGAACCCGCGGUCAAUCGCAUCUCCCAUAUCAUCCUGAAAUUUCAGGGUUUUGCUGGAAAAGACGGACAAUCUGGACCGAAAGGAGAACGUGGAAGCCCAGGGCCAAUGGGACCUCGCGGAUCUACAGGAAUGCGUGGACCUCCGGGUGGGGCUGGUGCACAAGGUUCUAUUGGACCAAAAGGUUCCCAAGGCAUUCCCGGCCCCAUCNACCUCGCGGAUCUACAGGAAUGCGUGGACCUCCGGGUGGGGCUGGUGCACAAGGUUCUAUUGGACCAAAAGGUUCCCAAGGCAUUCCUGGCCCACAGGGACCUACAGGACCCCCAGGACCCAUGGGUCCUCCUGGGGAUAUGGGCGAUAUGGGUCCUUUUGGACCAGUCGGUGAUAUGGGCAAACAGGGUCCUCGUGGUCCAAUGGGGGAGCGGGGACCGAAGGGUGACACUGGCAUGGUGGGUGCACCAGGGAUGCCUGGAAAUCCUGGACUGGAUGGACUGCCAGGUAAACCUGGGGAUCAAGGUAAAGAUGGAGAACCAGGUAGGCCUGGACUAAGAGGACCUACUGGACUACCUGGAGCUCCUGGAAAAGAUGGUGAACCUGGACCACAGGGAUAUCAAGGCCAAAAGGGCAUGGAUGGUGCUUCAGGACUUCCAGGAGGUAUUGGUUUACGAGGUCCUCCUGGAAAACCUGGAGAUGAUGGUGAAAUAGGUGCGGCUGGACCUCCCGGACCACCUGGACCACCUGGACCUUCGGGAGCACCUGGCCCACGAGGAAACCGAGGAAUUGUUGGAGAUAGCGGUGAGAUGGGUGCACCUGGAGAACAAGGUAGUCGUGGAACUCCAGGAACGAGAGGACGUCGUGGAAAAAUCGGUCCACCAGGACAACAAGGACAAACAGGUCUUUCGGGCGAACGAGGGCCACCUGGACCUAUUGGCCCCGCCGGUGAACAGGGGGCCAGCGGACCGCCUGGAGCCCCAGGUGGGAAAGGACCGACAGGAAGGGAUGGUAAAGUUGGAAGUGAUGGAAAGCCAGGUAGUCGUGGUCUAGCAGGACUUCCUGGAUCAGUUGGGGAGCGUGGCCCUCCAGGACCAGAAGGCGAACCUGGUUAUGUAGGGCUAGCCGGACCGAAGGGAGAACCUGGCGCACAAGGUUCACCUGGUCGCAUCGGUAUUGCUGGCUCGCCUGGUAUCCGCGGAAAUGUCGGAGCGAUGGGAAUGCGGGGUGACAAGGGCCCCCGAGGUCCUCCAGGUGAAGAUGGAAUUCGCGGAGAAGAUGGUGAACAGGGUGAGAUGGGGCCACCUGGAGAACCUGGCCCACGCGGCCCCUACACACUGCAAGGUGUGUCCCAACAGUUAUUGUUGGGACCAAAAGGAGAGAAAGGUCAACCUGGCUACCCAGGUCCAAGAGGUCGACCUGGAAUUCCAGGUCCGCCUGGUGACCCGGGUGAGGCGGGAGACACUGGUACACCCGGAGAAGAUGGUCCAGUUGGCCUUGAAGGACCAAGAGGACGUGAUGGUAUGGAUGGACGACCCGGACGUCCAGGAAAAGCCGGAAAGCCCGGUCCACGUGGGGCGGCUGGCUUACAAGGACCUGAAGGGAAACCUGGAGAUCGGGGUAACCCGGGUCCACCGGGUCCCUCUGGCAUUCCAGGUGCUCCGGGUGAACCUGGACUUCCUGGUCUGGAUGGUGUCAAUGGAACCGUUGGUUCGCCUGGAGCUGUUGGUCCUGUAGGUGCUCCUGGUCCUCGAGGUCCUGUGGGGCCCCCUGGAAUCGACGGAUUGAAAGGCCCACCGGGAGACGACGGGCCUGUUGGAUCACGUGGCCAAGUUGGACCAAGAGGCGCUUCCGGAACGGAUGGUUCACCAGGAGCCCAGGGCAAAAUGGGUGCUCCAGGACGUCCAGGCCCUGUGGGUCCUCCAGGUUCAAUGGGAAUUCCAGGUCCUCAAGGUAAGCCCGGACCAGCUGGUAAAGAAGGACCGCCUGGAAUUUCUGGACCAGCUGGACAGCCAGGACCAAACGGGGUGGAUGGAGAAGUUGGCCCCAUGGGUCCCGCAGGCGAACCAGGACCUCCGGGUCAACAAGGUUUAAUUGGUGAGCGAGGCCCGCAAGGACAGCCAGGUCCAGCCGGCGAGAAGGGACCACCUGGUCCAAGUGGACCACCGGGAAUUCCUGGACCAACAGGACCAAGUGGAGGCCGCGGGGAUGCUGGAGAACCGGGGCCCGAUGGUGCCCCUGGAGAACGAGGGGACGAUGGACCUCAAGGGUUUGCUGGCCGACCAGGAAUUGAUGGAGCCCCUGGCCGUCAAGGUAAACCCGGACCUGCUGGACACAAAGGUUGGACAGGACCUCCUGGGGAUCCUGGUCAGCCUGGAAAUCCAGGACAGACCGGGCAACCAGGUUUACGAGGCUAUCCUGGUCCAUCUGGAUUGCCAGGUGAACCGGGCCCUGCUGGUCUACCUGGCCUACCUGGAGAAGCAGGUUUCAUGGGAGAACCGGGACCUAUAGGUCCAGCGGGUCCAAUAGGAAGAGACGGACCGCAAGGAUUGGCCGGUCCGAUUGGAAGCGAAGGACCUCCAGGACCACCAGGGCCACCGGCAGUCGGUUAUUCCAAAAUGUUUGGAGAUGAGUCUAUGCUAUCCCUUCAUAUGCCCAAUGGAAGUCAAAGGUACCCAGCCCGUUCUUGCAGACAUCUUUCUGCGGCUUAUCCUCAGUUCCCAGACGGAUUUUACUGGAUCGAUCCAAACGGUGGCAUAGCUAAUGAUGCCGUUGAAGUAUUCUGCCGCUUGCGGACUGGUGAAACGUGUCUUCAACCAAAAACAGCAUCCUAUCCCCAAACGUCCAUGAGUUCAGCAGAAGUUGGUGAUGUUAUCUGGUUUUCGCAAAUAACUGGACAAUCAAGGUUUGACUACGAAAUCUCUCAAGACCAGUUGAAUUUUUUGAAGAUGCUCAAUGCAAAGGCUUCACAGCAGAUCACUCUUGUUUGCUCGGAACUCAGUUUCUCGGAAGGUGUUCACUCAGUACGAUUUUUCUCUGAUAAUGACCGGGAAUUCACUGAAGACGGGCCCUUGCUCCGUUAUGAGAAACUUGACAAUGGAUGCCAGUAUGCUUCACCUAACGGAAAAUCCACCUUCGAAGUCCACACUCGUGCACAAAGACUACCGAUUCGCGAUGUGAUCCUACCCAAUCCGAAGAUUUCCGGGCGCGAGGCUGUGGGUGUUGAACUCGGACGUGUCUGUUUCCAGUGACUACGCCGAAACAAUCUGUGAACUGACUUAUGUUUCUGAGAGUACCCAAAAAAUAGCAAUAUAUUCAAGCUAACUCUGCGAUGACUUCACGUAAAAGAAUCAGAACGAACUGAAUACAACCAGCUGCUAUCGCCCACGCAAACCUCUGUGAGAUCCAGUUUGCUUGGACUUUCUACACAACUUGUGAUCGUCCAAGUCUCGCAUCUUUUUUAUGAUUCUCAUAAAAUGACUAGUGGCAUUUUGUGAAUCUCCCGUUCAUUUACUUCAUUGGAUCGGGUCAAAUUUCC